AUGACUUCCGACACUCAUGCGAAGACAUUCGCGGCCUUGGAGCCACUGAUGCAAAACCUCAGUUCUGGUUCCGUAGUGACUUCCAAACAUGAUACCUACGCAUUUCACUGUGAACCGUACGCCAUUCAGAAGCAACUCUACCCGCCGGUCGUCCUCGUCCCCAGUUCCACGGACGAACUAGCAACAAUCCUGCGCUUCCUGUAUGCCUCAGACUUGGAUUUCACCAUACGAGGCCUGGGCUUCAAAUCUCCUUCCGCCAAAGAUGUCGUGGUCAGCAUGAUGAACUUCAAAGACAUCAGCUACGACUCAGUCAAGAAGAUCGCCACGGUUGGCGCCAGCGCUACCUGGUCGGAGGUGGUAACAUAUAUGGAGAAGAUAGAUCCAGAGUACUCGGUCCCCGUUGCUCGAACCCCUUCAAUCGGCGUCGCGGGCACCAUCCUCAACGGCGGCCUCUCGUGGAUGUCGACUGAGUUCGGUUGCAUUUGCGACCCCGUCAACUUUCUCGAUGCUGAAGUCGUGAAAUAUGACGGCACGGUGGUUAUGGCAUCGCAAGAGCCUGAGCUCUUGUGGGCUCUCCGUGGUAGCGGUGGAGGCUUCGGAAUCAUCACCAAGGUUCUUCUACGAGCCCACCAAUAUCCGACCGAUAUCUGGUCAGGUCUCGUUCUCGUCCCGCGAAAGUACUUGCCGCAGCUGAUCGAUGAAAUGGUUGAGUUCAACCGUUCAUUCCCUCACCCCAAGAUUACUUACUUCAUGUACAUCAUGCCGGAGAGGCUCCUGCACACGGUCUUGGAACAAGAAGAGCCCAACGCUAGCGACUCUGUCAUCUUCCACGUCUACGAUGCUCUUGGAGAGGCUCACGGGCGAUCCGCAUUCCGCUGGGUACUUGACAAGCCUGGUGCAAUCGACCGAACCAGGAUUACCAACAUGAAGGGGGUAGUCGACAUGCAGAGAAACGCAGCUGCGCUUCGUGGCAAAAUGAAGACACUAUACGCGCCAAUGGCCCUAGCUGAUGUAGACCGAGGCAUCCUCACUAGAGCAGUCGAGUUUUACGACAGACUCGGCUCUUUGGACAAGUCUAUUCAAGACAUAUCAACAAUUGUGUUUGAGUGUCUGCUUUUUAGGCCGCCAAUUGGAGGCACGGCCGAAGUUGCAUGGCCACGAUCUCCUGACUUGAACCAUCUCCUGCUGCUCAUCGCAAGCUGCCCAGCCGACGGUUCGAAGGACCAAGAGGAGCUACUGCGUCAGAUCUCCGUCGAUGCUCCGAAGGAUGUUCUGCAGGAUAAGCUUGAUGAGGUGGAAGUCAACCCUGCUGGUCUUGAACCCGACUAUCACAGCGUACAGGCCGUUUACCGGGAGCAUCAUGAUAAGCUGCUUGAGUUACGGAAGCGUUACGACCCCAAGAGACGAUUCAAGUCAUUCUUCUAA